AUGGGCGACAACGACACGCUCGCCCUGUUCAGCUACCCCAUGCUGUCCACACCCCAGUCUCUGUUCACAACCGGCAACCAGGGGGGCAACGAGGAACCCACCACCAAUUACGACUACGAUUACAGCGCACCGUGCCAGAAAACCGACGUGAGGCAGAACGCGGUCCGGCUCCUGCCUCCGCUCUACUCACUCGUGUUCAUUUCCGGCUUCGUGGGCAACCUGCUGGUCGUCCUCAUCCUCAUCAACUGCAAAAAGCUGAGGGGCAUGACUGACGUCUACCUGCUCAACCUGGCCAUCUCCGACCUGCUCUUCCUUUUCACCCUCCCCUUCUGGGCCCACUAUGCCGCCAACGGGUGGGUCUUCGGGGAUGUGAUGUGUAAGACGGUCACCGGGCUCUAUCACGUCGGGUACUUUGGCGGAAACUUCUUCAUCAUCCUCCUGACCGUCGAUAGGUACCUGGCUAUCGUCCACGCUGUGUUCGCUUUAAAGGCCAGGACGGUCACCUUUGGGGCGGUGACAAGCGCGGUCACCUGGGCGGCGGCCGUGGUCGCCUCUCUGCCGGGGUGCGUCUUUAACAAGUUGCAGUGGGAAGACUCUUUUUACUCCUGCCGCCCUUCUUUCCCACCAGGAUGGAAGACUUUCCACGCAGUCACGAGGAGCGUCUUGGGCCUGGUCCUGCCCCUGCUCGUCAUGAUCGUCUGCUACUCGGCCAUCCUCAGGACCCUGUUCCGGUGUCGGAACGAGAAGAAGAAGCACAGGGCCGUGAAGCUCAUUUUCGUGAUCAUGAUCGUUUACUUUCUCUUCUGGGCCCCCAACAACAUCGUCCUCCUGCUGAGCACCUUCCCGGAGUCCUUUGGCCUCAAUAACUGCAGUAGCUCCAACAGACUGGACCAAGCCAUGCAGGUGACGGAGACCCUGGGAAUGACGCACUGUUGCAUCAACCCCAUCAUCUACGCCUUCGUCGGGGAGAAGUUCAGAAGCUACCUCUUGGUGUUCUUCCAAAAGCACAUCGCCAGGCACUUCUGCAAACGUUGUCCUGUCUUCCAGGGAAAGGUCCCCGACAGAGCGAGCUCGGUUUACACCCGAUCCACCGGAGAGCAGGAAAUCUCUGUCGGCUUGUGA